CUGGGGAAAGCUGCUUUUUUGCAUUCGGAUGAUGGUUUUGGUGGGCUUGUGUUUCCCUCUACUGUCGAUGAGUUCUUGAAGAAUGAUCCCCCAACCGUUUAGGCUUGUGUUCAAGUUUCUCUCUUUGUUGGUUUUUGCCAUUCAAUGCUGAUGAAUAUUGUAUUCUGAAGUUGGGAAAGAAGAACUAGGCCUCCCCAUUUUACUGUACUUGCAGGAAGGACGAGUGGAUGCCCAGCUGAAGCUGGUGGAUGGAUAAGCGAAGUAUAUGAAGAGUGUCGCUUUGUUUUACUGGACCAUGCAUGUUUUGAAGAUUGUGUGUGAGAAGUGGUUGGAUUUGGAAUUUUGGAUGCAUGAGUCCAUUUACUGUCAGGGUGCCUUUUUCAAGUUGGUCUGCAGACAGCAUGAGGUGAAAAUGAGUCAGUUUCGUGGCCAUCAAAGGGCCUCUUCCGGUGCUGGGAGUCUGCAGAUGAUAUUUCCAUGGAUGUUCGAUGUAAUGCAUGACUCUGAAAGACGCUGCUGCAGAGAAAAAGGAUUGGCCUCCUUUGUACGACGUUGCCACAUUGAAAAAUAACAAGGUCGUCUGCUUUUACCAAUUAGGAGAGAAAUGACACGAGCAGAGUGUUGAGACGUGCUUGAUCGAAUGCAGGUCCCCGUGCUACUACGAAGACACCAUUACCUACUCUAAGGGAAAAAGCCUCUAUUUUUAUUAAUUUUCUGUUGAUCCAAAUCUCUGUUUUUCUAUCUACUCUGAAGAGAAUAAAACUAGAAAUUUUGUAGUCUGAUUAUAUAUUGUGUUACAGCAGCAAAAUUAACUA